CGCGCAUGUGCCCGGCGUCCGUCCCCGCCCUGGAUUCCGCUUCCCCUCCGCUGGCGCUGCAGUCGCAGCCGCCUCCAGGCCCCUUGCCGCCUCUGGAGUCCAUGGCCGGGACGCGCUGGGUACUCGGGGCGUUGCUCCGGGGCUGUGGCUGCAACUGCAGCAGCUGCCGGCGCACCGGCGCCGCCUGCCUCCCCUUCUACUCCACCGCCGGCUCCUUCCCCGCGGGCGUCUCCGGCCGCCGCCGCCUGCUGUUGCUGCUCGGGGCCGCCGCCGCCUCGCAUACGCGGGGCCUCCAGAGUGGGCCUGUGCCUGUCGGGAGGCUGGCGGGGCCUCUCCCCACCGCCGCCUCCGCCGCGGCCGCCGCCUCCUACUCUGCCCUGCGACCCCCUCUGCUGCCGCAGUCGCUGGCGGCGGCCGCGGGCCCGGCGCGCGGAUACAGCCAGGAGUCUAAAAGUACCUACUUGGAAGAGCUUCCAUCUCUCCCUGAGUAUGAAGUGGCUCCAUCCAAGUUAGGAGAAGAAGUGGAUGAUGUUUAUCUCAUUCGAGCUCAAGGGUUACCAUGGUCCUGCACUGUGGAAGAUGUGGUGAACUUUUUCUCAGAUUGCAGAAUUCGCAAUGGUGAGAAUGGAAUACAUUUCCUGUUAAAUAGAGAUGGGAAACGAAGGGGUGAUGCCUUAAUUGAAAUGGAGUCAGACCAGGAUGUGCAAAAAGCCUUAGAAAAGCACCGUAUGUACAUGGGGCAGCGAUAUGUGGAAGUAUAUGAAAUAAACAAUGAAGAUGUGGAUGCCUUAAUGAAGAACCUGCAGGUCAAGUCUUCACCUGUGGUAAAUGAUGGAGUGGUUCGCUUGAGAGGACUUCCUUAUAGCUGUAAUGAGAAAGACAUUGUAGACUUCUUUGCAGGACUGAAUAUAGUAGACAUUACUUUUGUUAUGGACUACAGAGGGAGAAGAAAAACAGGAGAAGCCUAUGUGCAGUUUGAAGAACCAGAAAUGGCUAACCAAGCCCUGUUGAAACACAGGGAAGAGAUUGGUAACCGAUAUAUAGAGAUAUUUCCAAGCAGAAGGAAUGAAGUUCGAACACAUGUUGGUUCUCAUAAGGGAAAGAAAAUGGUAUCUUCUCCUACUGCUAAGUAUAUAACGGAGCCAGAGCUGGUAUUUGAGGAGCAGGAAGUAAAUGAGGAUAUUCGACCCACAACAGCUUUUGAAAGUGAGAAGGAAAUAGAAUUGCCUAAGGAAAUUGUGGAAAAACUUCCAGAGGCUGAAUUUGGAACUACACCAUCACUACAUUUUGUUCACAUGAGAGGGUUGCCUUUCCAAGCCAAUGCCCAAGAUAUUAUUAAUUUUUUCGCGCCACUAAAGCCUGUUAGGAUCACCAUGGAAUACAGUUCGAGUGGGAAGGCCACUGGAGAAGCUGAUGUGCACUUCGAUACCCAUGAGGAUGCUGUUGCUGCCAUGCUCAAGGAUCGGUCCCAUGUUCAACAUAGGUAUAUUGAAUUGUUCCUGAAUUCAUGUCCUAAAGGAAAAUAAGAUUUCCAAGAACUACAGAUAAUAAGGUUGAAGCAAGACGCAUUUCAUUUGCACAUCUUCCUUGGAGAUGGGAUAUAUAAAGUUCCAGUUUCUUAGCAGCAACUGUUAGAAAGUAUUUUGGAGUUUUGGAUGAUUGCUUCUAAGAAAAAUUCAGUAGUGGACUGUUUAGAAAGAAAAAGGAAGAGAUUCAGUUUAAGAUUAUGAAAUAAACCACAAAUAUUAAGCUUUCCUUUAAACUGUCCAGGAUCUGAAUUUGAGGUGUGGUCUUUAUUUUAUGAUUAAGUUUUUUUUUCAUAGAAGAUAAUGUCAUUCUCUGUAAAGACUACAUAUUUUUUAUUCAGCCCUGUCCUCUAAAAUUUUGCCCAUAUAAAAAAUGACCUAUUUGACUAUGAGUUGAUUGUGCUAAUGAAAAUCUUAUGGAACAAAAAUUCUGAUUUGUUUUUAACCAAAUACUCACCAAAGCAAGGAAAGGCUUUAGACUUUUGACUACUAUGAUUUGUCAUAGUAGUUUUAGUUUUAGAUGUAUUGAUAUUUGAUUACGUAGAUGGGGUAGAAAUUGAACCCAAAAAAAGGAAAGAAAACCAAGACAAAAAACAUGAACGAAUGGCAUGGGUAACCAAAUGGCAGCAGUUUGGCAGUUUUACACACUUAAGAAAUGUUUUGCCUUUCUAAGCCUUGUGCUGAAGGCAUUUAACUCUUGUGCCUGUAUACUUAAGGUGGGAAUUCUACUUUCAACUUAAAAGUUGUCAAGCAUCUGUUUACCCCCUUUGCUUUUGGUUUUGGUUAAAUCUUAAGGGGAUGUGUUAAGCUUAAGUGAAGUGACAUGUCAAAACAGUCCUGUCUAGGAAGGACAUUAAUGGCUUCACUUGAAUUUAAACCAGCUCACAAUAGGAAAGAUCCAAGUCUCCUCAUUUGCUUUUUCAAUGGGAUAGCAUAUCCCAUAUUUUAGAACAAGUAGGGGUGCCUUGCUUAAAUAAAAUAGCAUUUAACGUAUAAUUGUGUGAAGGGUUUAUGAAUAAAGCUGUUCUUCUGUCACAUUGUGACAGUACCUUCUGCUUUAAUAUUAAACAGCUUGUUGUUUAAAUAUUGGAUUAAAAUGGCUGGCUUCCAAAUGUAGUCAUUAAUAAACUAACUUUAUGUGCACCUUUAUGUGUAGGAGAUUAAAGUCCUGUACACUUUGUUUGCCUUGUUCCUGUUCUCAGGGUGUGACUGCCAUGUAGUUCCAAGGAAAUGCAAUUCUAGUUCUUAAAAUUGAUUUGGCCCAUAUUUAUGAGAGUUGAUGCCCGGAAGAGAGACUCUCAUUUAACACAUAACCAUCUUUUGAUUGCCAGGUGAGAUACAAAUAUCUCUAUACUGUAAGUAGUCAAUAAUGAAGGCUUGUUUCAGGCUGGAGAUUACCUAAGAGUAUUUAUUUUGGAGUGAGUCAACUGGAUAUAUUUUUGUUACAUCAAAUCCUGGAAUAUUAUUAUCAGAAGAAAUGGCUAAUUUUCAGUUUAUUUUUAUCAUCUUAACAACUUAACAUCCUCAGAACUGCUACAGUGAUGAGAAUAUGCUCUCUUGUAGGGUUUAGUGUGCUGAGUUGUAAGAACAGGUGUUUGAUUGUAUCAUCUAUUAGAUGGUGAUAAUUUUUUCUUUCCUGUAGGGUCUGUUGAUAUUGAUGAAUAAUUCAUUUGCAGUUGCUUUGAAGGUUUUAUUUGCACAUGUGUAGAAAAAUGAGCAUUAAAAUAUUAUGUGAUUGGCUGGCAAGGCAGCUCAUCUGGAAGGCUGCCUGCUUUGCCGUGCAUGUGACCCAGGUUUGAACCUGCUGUUCGCACCCCCCCUCCCAUGGGGAAACUUCGUUGCUGUGGUGUCAUUCCUUCCUCACCCAUCUGAAAAAGUCAGCCCAGAGCAGUGAAACCCCAAUGAUGAUAAUAAAUAAAUAAAUGUGAUGAUUUGAUGAUAA